AUGGAAUGCAUCGCAUCUUUCCCUGAAGAAGACCAAUUUUCUCGGCUCGUGGCCCGCGAGACCCCCGACCUCCACGGCUUCUGCCAUGGAUACCCAUUGCGACGCCACCAAUGGGAACACCGGGCCAACGAGGGAUCGCUGCAUCUGCGCGCCGAUUGGGAGAAGUACAUCGGCCCCAUUGAGCGAUGGGGAUCGUGCAAUCCGUGGGAGGGCCACUUUGGCGCGGUCGUGCUGCCCUGCUGCCGGCCGGAGCGAAUGGCGAUCGUGAACUACAUCUUCGAAUACGCCUUCAUGUACGACAACGUGGUGGAAUCCGCGGCCAACUCCACCAUCAACGCCCACGCCGACGAGAUCGCGCUGGACGAGACCGAAUACCGCACCGUGCGCUCCGUCACCGGCACCAAACAGGUGCAGUCGAAAAUGCUGGUCGAGCUCUUCGCCAUCGACCCCGCCUGCGCCCAGGUGGUGCUGGACGCGUGGAAGACGAUGAUCGACACGACGGCGACCAAGGACAAGACCCGCGCUUUCAGCGACUGGGAGGAGUACGUGGACUACCGCAUCAUCGACACAGGCGCGCCGUUCGUCGACAUGCUGAUGCGCUUUGGCAUGGGGGUGGUGCUCACCCCGGCGGAGCAGGCCAGCAUCGAGACGGUGGUGCGACCGUGCUAUGCGGCGCUGGGGCUGGCGAACGACUACUUCUCAUUCGACGUGGAGUGGGAGGAGUUUCAGCAGUCGGAGGAGACGACGAUGACGAACGCCGUGUGGUUGUGCAUGCACUGGCACGGGGUGGACGUGCCCACCGCGAAGGAGAUGGUGCGUGAAGUGACAAACCGAUUCGAGCGGGAGUUCCAGCAGCGCGUGGCGGAGUACGUGGCCGGAGAGGGUCAGCACAAUCGCAAGGUCCAGAUUUAUCUGCGGGCUCUGGGGUAUCAGAUCCCGGGCAAUGUGGCCUGGAGUCUGCGAUGUCCGCGCUAUCAUCCACAUCUGAUCCAGGAGGCUGGGAAACUCCUUCACGACAGCAUGCAGGCCGCCAGUGACGGUCCCAGUGCCCCCGUGCGCGAGCAGAAGCGCCCCAGUAUCUCCGAGGAGAGCGAGUCGAGCGAGUCGUCCGUGUGGUCAGUGGCGAACUCGCCUCGCUCGUCCAUCUCGUCUGCCUCGGAGCCAGAACCGGAGGUGAAAUUAGGGUCCGAGUAUCUCCGCGCGCCGGCAGAGUACAUCGCCUCGCUGCCGUCGAAAGGCGUGCGCGAGGCGUUCAUCGACGCGCUGAACGUGUGGCUCAUGCUGCCCGACCGCCAGGUGAAGCUGCUCAAGUCGAUCGCCAAGACGCUGCACAAUGCCUCGUUGAUGCUGGACGACAUCGAGGACGCCUCCCCGCUGCGUCGCGGCCAGCCCGCCACCCACACGGUGUAUGGGAUCGCCCAGACGAUCAACUCGGCCAACCACCUCCUCCUGCAGGCCAUGGACGAAGUGCGGCAGUUGGAGGGGUCGGGAUGCCUGGAUAUCUACUCGGAGGAGCUGCGCAAUUUGUUUAUUGGGCAAAGCUGGGACCUGUAUUGGACCCGACAGGGGGAGUGUCCCAGCGAGCCGGAAUAUAUGGAGAUGGUGCGCCAGAAAACAGGCGGCCUCUUCCGCCUCCUCGCACGCUUAAUGCUCGCCCAAGCCCCAGCGCAACGCAAUCGCGAUAUCCCCCUCUCCCCACUCGUCACCCGACUAGGCGAAUACUUUCAAAUCCGAGAUGACUACAAGAACCUAACCGAAGAGUACACCAGCCAAAAAGGCUUCUGCGAAGACCUGGACGAAGGCAAGUUCUCCUUCCCACUGAUCCACCUCCUGCACGCGCAACCCGACAAUAAGCAUCUGCGGGAGGUGCUGCAACUGGGAAGCCCCCGCCGCACGAUCAGCAUUGCACAGAAGCAGGAGGUGGUGGGGCUGUUGCAGCGCAGUGGGAGUAUGGAGUAUACGGGUCGGACGCUGCGGGCGAUCAUGGGGGAGAUUCAGCGGGGGAUGGACCGGGUGGAGCUGGAGACGGGGUGCGUGAAUUGGGUGUUGCGGUUCUUGGUCUCCAAAUUGGAGGUGUGA